CCUAAACAAUGAGACAAGACGUCACCUUAAGCCGGCGCGGCAACCCUCGGUCGAGGGGUAAGGCGCUCGUAGCAGCUAGUUCUAGGUUCCUACACUAAGCCCUCGACCAUUCCUCGACACAAUAGGUUUCUGUGCUUUUGUUUUGAUCUUUUCUGAAAUGUGACCAGACACUUUUUUUUCUACCCGUCCUUCUUUGUCUGGUAGUUUGGUGAGGAAUCACAUCAAUACGAUAUAUUGAAUGCCACUCAAUUGAUCCUUCCGGUAUAUCCAGCUUCAUUCAAUUCAUCCAAUGUUCCUUCAACGCGGCUCGAGGCACUUGCUUCGGCAGCUACCAAAAGGUGUCAUCGCCAUCCCAACCACGCCCACGGUGACAACUACGGUGAGCGCCAGGUCGCGGCAGCAACCAACACAGCAACGCCAACAACAGAGGCAUUGUCGCACGACGAGGGGGUUUCACUCCACCAGGAGACUUUUAGACGUUAAACCUGUUUUGUUGGCCGACAUUGGCGAAGGCAUAGUCGAGUGCGAAAUCAUUCAAUGGUUCGUCGAGCCCGGCGCGCGCGUGGAGGAAUUCUCGCCUCUCUGCGAGGUGCAGAGCGACAAGGCGUCGGUGGAGAUUACGAGCCGCUUCAGCGGAGUGGUCAAGAAGCUUUACUACGAUGCCGGCGAGAUGGCCAAGGUCGGCAAGCCCUUUGUCGACAUUGACAUAACGGGAGACCUCGAGGCCGAGCCCGAAAAGGUCUUGGCGGGCGACGUGGCUCCCGCCAAGCCCGUGGAGGAAAAGACUACGCAAAAAGCCGUCGAGACGGCACCCGAUAUGAUUGGCACUCCGGCUUCUGUCGGCGGCGCCGAGAGGAAAAGAGGCAAGUGUGCUGCGCUUGCCACGCCGGCCGUCAGGCAUCUCAGCAAAGAGCUGAAAGUGGACAUUAACGAAAUUGACGGCACCGGAAGGGAUGGGCGUGUGCUUAAGGAGGACAUUUACAAAUUUGUCCAGGGGAAGCAAUCAGGCAGUGGCGUUGCACCCACCAUCCCGGCAGCACCGGCAGCGCCAGCACCGCAAGCAGCAAGCAAAGUGCCGCCAACGCCGGCACCUUUACCUUCACAGCCCGGCACGCCGCAGACCGAGGAGGUCAUGCAGCUGUCCCACACCCAGCAGAUGAUGUUUAAGACCAUGACGCGUUCGCUCACCAUUCCGCAUUUCCUAUACGCCGACGAGAUCGACUUUACCAGCCUUGUUGAGCUCCGCACUCGGCUCAACAGGGUCCUUGCCGCAGGCGGCACCGGUGGACCCGGCACCGCCGAGAUUUCGAAACUUUCUUAUCUCCCAUUCAUCAUUAAAGCUGUGUCCCUCGCGCUUUACCAGUACCCUAUCCUCAAUGCACGUGUCGAUAUCCCUUCGGACGGCGGCAAGCCCUCUCUAGCAAUGCGCAAGCAGCACAAUAUCGGCGUUGCCAUGGACACACCAUCGGGCCUGCUGGUUCCUGUCGUCAAGAAUGUAAACGAGCGCAACGUCCUCUCCAUUGCGGCCGAGCUCGUUCGCCUCCAGUCUCUCGCAACGGCUGGCAAGCUUAGCCCAGCCGACAUGUCGGGUGGCACCAUGACGGUGUCCAACAUUGGCAGCAUCGGCGGCACCUACCUCAGCCCCGUGGUUGUCGAGCGCGAGGUGGCCAUUUUGGGUGUUGGCCGCAUGCGCACCGUGCCGGCCUUUGACGAGAACGACAAGGUUGUCAAGAAGCACGUCUGCAACUUUAGUUGGUGCGCAGACCACCGGGUGGUCGACGGUGCCACGUUGGCCCGGGCGGCCAACAUGGUGAGGCAGGUUGUGGAGGAGCCGGACGUCAUGGUCAUGCAUUUGAGAUGAUGGCCAUGACGGUGAAGGUUCAAAAGAGGAUAGAGGUUUCAAAAUCACAUGCAUCCAUAUACGACCUGACAGGUGGUGAUGUGGCUAAUGUAUAUAAACGAGGCAGGCGAAACAUGAACAAAGAUUUUGGCGAUCAAUCUUUAUUGGACUAUUCAGGCGUUAUUUUGGAAUUAAGGCCCGGGAAGCCAAUACAUUUAACACAGUUUGAAUAGUGAGAGCCCACAACUACAUAUAAGACACAUUGACAAUGUUGUUAUAGGGAGAUGUAUCAAUCCUCAUGUACGCCACACACCUUGCCAAAUAAACCCAGCUAACUUUCUAAAAGAAGAAUGAAAGCAAUCAUAAUUCAUCAAACACGCUGCUCAUCGACCGCCCAGCAACCGCCUCUUCAGCCGAUGAUGCCCUCAGCCGUCAACUCCUCCCUCAACUCCUGCUGCGCCUUGACCAUGAACUUGUCCUUGCCGUACCUGAGGUUCGCCGAGCCUGUGGCGCCGCGCAGCGCCGUGUUGGCCGCCAGCCCGAACCCGGCCGCCGCGACGGGGGCAGCCGUGCCGGCGGACACGACGGUCAGCCCCACGGCCGUGAUGGCGGCGGCGCCGACAAACGUCACGACGGCCACGUCGCGCAGGAUGCCGCCCCUCCUGACCCACUUGUCGAAGAACUUGGGCAGGCGCUUCUGCGCGUCGCCGUCGCCGAUCAGGUCCACCAGCAGCCGCACAAACACUUGGCAGUUGUUCUCGUCAAAGACGUACUUGCGCUGGAGGACUUUGGCCCAUAUUCGGUCGCCUUUUUUUUUUUUUUUUUUUUUUUUUGUUUGCGGGUUAGCCUAGGGAGCUAUCAUGGCAAAUCGCAGAGGGGCAAAAAGAACAAGGGACGGGUAUGGGUUGUUCUGCAGCGGGACAUACCUAUGUCCUUGAUGGUGCUCGGCGCAAAAUACUUGACGGUGUAGCCGACCUGCUUGGCGGUCACCUCGUCCCCGAGCUCCCUCCCGUCCUUCCACUGCUGCUCGGGCAGGCAGUUGAUCUUGAACCUGUCGUGGCCCUCCCUCUUCUCCUCCUCGGUCCGGCCCGCCAGCUCAAAGCAGUACCCUUCGAUGCAGAUGGCCCAGUGGCCGAAUAUGUCGCGGCCCUUUUUCACGCCGAGCUUUUUGUGGCUACGGAGGGGGGUCGUGUAGAGGUAGAUGGGCUGUUGCUGCUGCUGCUCCGCCAUUUUGUUGGGUGUGCGAAGUUGGCGUUGUGCAUAUUUUUGUUGUUGUUCUGAAAAAAACUUCAGUAUAACAUCGCUAUACUAUGGUAGCUUCCAAGUCCCGCCAUUGUGGUCAGACUUGGCUGACCAUGACCAAAAUGCAUCUCGGGCUCUAAUUUGUAAUAUAUACCCGACAGCCAUGUGUUUGUGCAACCCCUCAAAAAAAAAAAAACCUUGUGCCAGCAGGAUCUCUCAACUAGUCUAGAACUAAAUCCUACCGCGUAUCAUCUGCC